UGAAAGCGCACUGGCGCGACUAUUAGCUAGACCUCAAACCACCAUCAUCAUCCUAUAUUGGCUAACCCGCUCGCUGUCGAGUCCUCAAAGCAGACCACGCUCUUUACCACCAUGUCUAUAACGAGCUUACCUCGAACAUUCCUUUUCUCACGACGUGUCUAUUGUGGCCUUUUCGUUCUUUCACAACUAUCAUUACUGGCUACAGCAGUGCCGCUGUCUCUCCAUCAAUUUCAAGAGUUGAAAGAUUCUUCUACUUCCACAACUUUUUCUGGAAGCUUCUUCAAUCGUCCAUCAAGUAUCACAUCGAUCCUCCCAACGGCCUCUCCAGAUACAGAAGUACGCCCACGACUCCCUGACAAGGCUACAAAUGUUUUGCAACAUAUAUCCAUGACUCAAGUCACAUUGUCGCUUCCGAAUGAGGACACAGCAUCUGCCCCGUUAUUAUUUCUCUCUACAAACCCACCCUCACCCUUGAUAACGGCCGUCGAUCGUGAGGUCAUUUCCUUCGCUACAAAUGAUCCUGCCACCAAAACGCUUCCCGAGACGUCAAUACCACUACGUCUCUCUACACCUUCCACUAUGCUACUCGUGCCCUUAACAACUCAAACUCUCAACUCUGUGCCGCAGACCUCAACGCUAGCACCUAGUACAGCUCCCGGUAAAGCGACUUCCCAUCCAUCCAAUCCAGCAUUUCAAGCUACAGUCGUAGAUCUGCCAAAUUUCUCUUCUAUCGCAUCUGAACCAACGACCGCCCCCCUCACUGCAUUGCCUCCGCUAUUCACAGGUUCUGCCAACAAGGAACCAUCUAAUAUCGCAUCCUACCGCCAACUCAUCGUCCUUGGAUGCAUACUGCUGGCGUUUUUGGCCUUCAUUCUUAUCAGCUUUGUCUUAGCUCGCUCCCAAUGCUCUAGCUUGUGCUGUAUCAGAAAGAGACCGAUUGACCAUGGUUUGGAUAAAUGUAUUGAAAAGGAUAUGGAGGAAAAGGGAUCUUGGGCGCGAUUAUCCAGUUUAACCUCGUUGGCACCUGAGGACGGCCAAGCGAACUCUGCGCCUUCCUUUCGAAAAGUGAUGCAAGAUAGAGAGAUCGCACGCCUUCAGAAUAGGGUUAUUGAUAUAGUUCCAGAUUUUCCGAGUAGCAGGUUCUCGGUGACUUCGUCGGACUUGGGUUCCGUUCAUGAAACUUUCCAGAUUGGUGAAGCUGAGGAGGACUUUUCAUCUGAUGGGAGAUCGGACGUGUCGCCGUUACUUCCACCUGGGGAGUUUUUCUCGCUUCCUUCAUCUUCUACCAUCGUUUCGAGGCAUUCAAGGAGAAGUAGUGCACCCGUUUUUGGGAGACAUCGGAGAGUAGCCGGAUUGAGUAUGGCAUCAUAUCGGUUGAGCCGAGCGAAGUCAAUUAAAGCGAAGGCUAACAACCUUCAUCGCAAGUCCCGGUCGGUUCCUGGUGGUGGUGGAAGAUGGCUAUGAGGGUUCUAGCCAUUUGUAAGAUUUGUGAAUUGUACAUUGAAUUGAAUCACUCCUUUAUCUCGUUCAUGAUAUCAACCAUAAGUGGACCC